AAGCGGAAGCGCGCGACCUGGAGUCGCGCGGAGCGCGAGGCCAAGAUCGAACGCGAGCGCCUGGAGAAGCAGCGCGCCGCCGAGCAGGCUGUCCACAAGCACUUCGAGGAGUCGUUUCGCCUCGCACAGCAAAAGCAGCAGCAAAGGAGCAUGCAGCAGGCGGCGGCCGCGAGCUCGAUGGCGUGGAACAGCUUCAUGCCGCUAGCGCCGCCGCCGGGCGCGGCAGGCAGACUCCAUCAUCACCCGAACGCACCGCCGUCUCGCGAACGAGACGAGCAACAGCAGCAGCAGCAGCAGCAGCAGCAGCAGCAGCAACAGCAACAGCAGCAACAGCAGCAACAGCAACAGCAGCACCAAUUGGAACGCUCGCAGCAAGAAGCGGCGGCCGUGAGCGAAUACGCGGCCCAGCAAAGCUUGGCUUACCUGCGGGCCGCCGCUGUGCCGCAGUCCCCCCAACAGGUAUCUCGGCCGUCAAGCGUGCCGGGCAAAAUCGACUACCCACCGCCGCCGGCACACUCGAGAACCUCCUCGUCCAAGUCCUCGUCGUCAGCCUCGGCCUCUAUCAGGCACGACAAACAACAGCAGCAACCUACGUCCCAGCAGCCACCGCAGCAGCAGUCGCCAGUUGUGCACCAGCUACCGAAAGCCGAGCCGAACGUAUCGCUGUUCGGUUACGCCGGCUACUCGCCGUCAAGCGCGUUCACUACGAAAACAUCCUCGUCCCCGUCAUCGGUCAAGUCGGUGGUCGAUCAUCACGUGUCGUCGAGGCAAUCGUCGGAGCAGCAGCAGCAGCAACAGCAACAUCUACCAAAUCCGCCGCCAUUGCUGUCGGACCAUAAGAGCUCCGUCAUCGUCAAGAACGAGGGCAGUAGUAGUAGGGACGGUCACGUUAAACAACUCGUCGCUGCGCCGGCACACUCGCCAAGUCCCAAGAUGAUGUCUUAUCUUCAGCCCGUAGCGGUGUCCGGUUCGCAGCACAAAUCCCCGUACGAGUGUCGCUCGCCGACGCAAAGUCCGCAUCACAUAAGCAGACCAGGCAGCGCGCACCUACCGCCCACGCAUCAUCGCCACUCGCCGCAUCAGGCGCAAACUCAGUCUGCGUCAUUGUCGUCCGGCGGCGGUGGCACGUCCACACCGCUGUCCCAACAACAGCAACCACCGCCCGAACCACGCUAUCUUAGCAGGCCCGAGCCACAGAUGGCUUAUCCACCUCCGCAUCAGGCCAAAAGUCCUUAUUCGGCAUAUCCGCAUCAUCCUCAUCAACCGAGUGCUUCGCCAACUUCGCAUUAUGCCGCGCCUGCAAGCUCGAAGCCCAAGGUCAGCAGUCCAGCGCCGUCGCAUAUCUAUGGCAAGCCCAAUUCCGGUAUAAUGACCGGAACACCAGUAUGUCGAGCGUCGUCGGAACCAGCGUCGACAACCUCCUCGACCACAACAGCAGCACCCCUACCACUGACAUCAAAGGCAAAUGUAACGUCGUCUUUCCAACCAGUGGUGGGUCAUCACCCAGCUGCAAGUGCUGCUCCUUAUUUGCCGCCACCACCAGCACACUCGAGUCGUAGUCCUUACGAGUCGAGAGCUGGCUACAAUUCGCCUGCGUCUAAACUGCCGCCACCGCCGCCAUCGUUACACUCUGUCCCUGGCAUUGGCAAACUGCCACCACCUCUACAUUUACUGCCGCCGAGCGCGGCUGGAUUGCCGCCAAGGCCAAUACCAGGCAUACCGCAUCCAGCGGUGCAUCAUCAGCAGACGCCAACAGCGACACAGCAGCACCAGCAGCAACAACAGCAGCAGAACGCGGCGAGCGUACAAACACAGCCGUUGGAUCUCGGCGUGGAGAGAUCCGGUUCGCCGAAACGCAAACCCGGCGGCGAGCCUGUCGCUCUUGAGGUCGCGAAGAAGAGGCGGCUUAACGACGUUAUGCCUCAGCAGCAGUCUCCAGUAGCAACGAUACAAAAUAAUGCAACAGUCUCACCACAAUUGUCGAGGGUCAGUGAGCCAUCGCCGUUAAUAGCAUCAGCAGCCACGUCGAUAACAACGGUGGUGAAUCCAUCGUUGUCGUUGCAGCCCAACAGCCAAAGCCAGGUGAACGUUCCUUCAGUGAGUCCAGCGCCGCGAACGGCCAGCGGUGAUGGUUCUCUACGUCCUUCGUCGGCGGGUGGUACAGCGGCACCAUCCGCAUCACCAGCACCAUCGUCAGCACCAUCUCCCGUACCAAGUAGCGCGCCAGGAACUCCAGCGAAAGCCGACAGUCCAGCGCCCGCAAGACCACCAAGUAGCACUAGUUAUCCAGUGCACAAGUUGAAAAAAGCAUGGUUACAGAGACAUUCGGGCGAGGAUGGCACUGAAGACACCACGGGCAUCGUUGGCAGUGGCUCAUGCGUAACGCUGCCGCUGAAUAUCGCUAACAAGCAGACUAACGGUAGUGCUGACAAAGACAAAACGAGCACAAACACAACAACCUCAUCGACCUCAUCGACAACCUCGUCAACGUCGUCGACAACGACGUCAAUCACAAGUCUACCGAGCGCGGUGAAUUCAAUUCAUAACAUUGGUAGUAUGGCGGUAAAUAGUAUAAGUAAGACGAAGGUACCGAUAAAGCAGCGCAAAACGCCUGUGAAGGAACCAAUUAAUGGCCACACACAGAGUCAGGCCGCGUCAGAGAGUAAUCAUGAAGAUUCGUCUAAUAGUGAACCUGAAAGAAAGGCACCUCCAAAACGGAAAGCGCCAAAGGUAAAGCGAAAGAAAGGAGCUACAGGCUGGAAGGGUCAACAGCAGCAGUCAGCAGCUCAGCAGCAGGAGCAAAGAAGUCGAGCUACCAAGAAAACCAAACAGCCACGACCAGCAGCGAGUGAGUCGAGUAACGAGAGUGAUGAAGCUGGCAGUGACUCAAACAGCGAGCAGCGCUUUCCAACAAGGCCCAUGGCCAGCCCGGGAAACGGGAAUAAAAAAGUCCCUAAAAAACGAGGGCGAAAACCUCGGACUGCAAAAGACGUUAAAAUCAAAGAGGAAGAAGAAGAAGAGGAAGAAGACUAUCAACCUCGCCAAAAGAAAAAGCGAUUAGAGACUAAGACGACAGGGGGUGGGGGUGGUGGCGUCGGCAAUAACAAAAACAACAAAAAACGACGCAACAAUCGAAUAAGCACGAUGGAAGAUAAGCCCGAGGACGAGAAGCUUAUUAAGACUGGACAAAGUUGGAUACAGGACGAAAUUUGCAUGAAGUACUCGAGUACAAAAAUUUCAAAAUGCCGUGAGUGCAGGCUCACUCCAAAUCAACGAGAUAAAAUGUGUUCCGUCAAGAGCAGUGUCACCGUCUUCUGCAGGUUUUACGCCUUCAGACGAAUGCAAUUCACCAAAAAUGGCACACUUAGUCUGGCUGGGUUUAACGAUCCAUUCGUAGAUGCAGACGAGAGUGACAUACAAUUGUGGCUACCAGGAAAAGACAAUAGAUUGAUCAAAAGGGACAAGUACACGGAGGAGACACAAAAAGAUAGUAAAAAAGACUGGGAUAAAGGCGAAUUUGAUAUCGAGCUGGCUUUCCAGAUUAUCCGACAAGUUGGUGAUCAAUUCUGUGAUCUCAUUCAUCAAGAGAAAAGUGUCGUCGAAGAACAUCUUGCCAGAGUUGGUAAUGACUCUGAAGAGCAACCAAUGGUCUGGAAACGAGUAGUCAAAGGUGUCCGUGAAAUGUGUGAUCUCUGUGAUACAACGCUCUUCAAUUAUCAUUGGACCUGUGGUAAAUGCGGCUUUGUUGUUUGCAUCGACUGCUACGAGGCACGUAAAAAUAAAACGGUUGUAUGGACAGAGAGCAGUAAAGGGAGAGACAAAUAUGCCUGGCUAUUAUGUGCCAAUCGUCAGACUCACGUGCCGGAACAGUUAUUACUUACCCAAAUCAUUCCAUCUGACUGCCUCAUACAGAUCGACAAAAGACUACAUGAAUGUCGAUCGGAAUGGGGUAUUGCUAAGCAUUGUAGCUGCGAUUAUUCGAACGAUAUUCCAUGCAAUGACAGCCUCAGAUGUUUGAUUAAGGGUGAUUUAGUAUCAGUGAUGAACGGCAAUGCCCAGCAAGAAAUAAAGCAAGAAAAACAGAUAAAGAAAGAAUCACCAAGUGGUAAAUCAAACGAAAGCCGAGCGAAUGGCGAAGAUAAGUUAAGUUGGCUGGCAGACGUAGCGCUCAAUGAAGGCAAGAACGAAUCGGACAGUGAUUCGGAUUCAGAUGACGGCGACGGCAAUCACUCGACCCUCCGUGAACUUCUUAUCCGACCCUCACAGAAAACUAAUGGCUCAGCGCCCAACUCGCCUGAUGACGGUAGUGCUGGUGCUGAUGGUGCUGCUGGCGCGACUAAAAGUGGCAAGAAAAGCAAAAUGGAUACGCUUAAUGAGGUCAUCAGCAGUGUUAUUGAACACAGCGUUAAGAAAGAGGAAGAGGCUUGUAUGGAUGGCGAAAAGCCUCGUGAAUUGAAACAUUUUGUACGUCGCUACAAGUGUCCUCAACGUGGUCGCGAACCACUACCGAUUCGCAUAAUGACCCUCACAGAGUCAAAAGGCCUGUAUCCCGAAGUGCCACAUUCAUGGCUCUGUGACGGCAAGUUGCUAAGGCUUCACGAUCCUAACAAUCCCAAGAAUUAUCGAAUCUUCCAAGACCAAUGGAAACGAGGUCAACCAGUCCUCGUGUCUGAUGUGCACAAGUAUCUAAACAAAGAUCUUUGGCACCCCGACAGCUUUUCCAAGGACUUUGGUGACCAAAAAAGUGACCUGGUCAAUUGUAUGACUGGCAAUCUAGUGCCCAAGCAACCAAUGUGGAAAUUUUGGGAGGGCUUCGAACACACAACCAAGCGACUUAAGGACGACCAAGGCAACCCAAUGCUGCUCAAGCUCAAAGAUUGGCCAUCGCGUGGCGAUUUUGCUGACAUACUUCCUUCACGAUUUUCCGAUCUGAUGAAGUGUGUCCCACUCUCAGAGUACACUCAUCGAUACGGCCGAUUAAAUCUUACCAGUCGUCUGCCAGAUACCUUCACCCGACCAGAUCUUGGUCCAAAGAUGUAUAAUGCUUAUGGUUCGGCUCUUUACCCCGACAAAGGUACGACGAACCUUCACCUCGACGUCUCCGAUGCUGUGAACGUGAUGGUUUACGUGGGAAUCUCGAAAGAUGGCGAUCGAGAGGAGCACGUAAAGGAAGCAUUCAAAGCUAUCGACGAGGCAGGCUGUGAUAUACUUACCAGGAGACGUGUUAGAGAAAAGGAAGAAAUUCCUGGCGCUCUUUGGCACAUAUAUGCUGCUAGAGAUGCUGAUAAGAUCAGGGAUAUGCUAAACGCUGUGGCACUUGAGCGUGGCGCUAGGCUAGAGCCUCAUCAUGACCCUAUUCAUGAUCAAAGUUUCUAUCUGGAUGGGCCACUUAGGGAGAGGCUAUACCGGGAGUACGGUGUUGAAGGGUACGCGAUAAUUCAAUGCCUCGGUGACGCUGUAUUUGUGCCAGCAGGUGCGCCUCACCAAGUGCGCAAUCUGCACAAUUGCAUCAAGGUGGCCGAAGAUUUUGUCUCGCCGGAAAACAUCUCUCACUGCUUCCACUUAACGCAGGAGUUCCGUGCGUUAUCGGACACUCAUACAAACCAUGAGGAUAAACUACAAAUAAAAAACAUAAUUUAUCAUGCGGUUAAAGAUUCGUUGACUGCGUUGGAUAGCGCCAAAGACGAGGCACAGGCCAAGUCUUCGAAACCCACGUGAAAAGGAGUAUGUGAUAACGACGACGACGCUCCUUGUGAUAAGGACGAACAUGUUGUAAACAAAUCGCUGUAAUCGUGCCUGUAAUAAGUGUUUUUAACAUAUGGAAAAAUGAUGAAAAAAAAUGAUAAUGGGAUAAAAACCUCGUGUGCAAUUAGGGCUUCUUCUACCGUAUAUAAAUAUUAUAUAUAUAUUAUAUAUAUCUUCACUGCCGCUAAGCGCGAGUGCGAAUACUACUCUGAUCUCACAACGACGAGGCGAGUGUUUGUAUAAAGUUUUUUCGCUGUAGAAAUGGAGGCGCGCGCCGUUUUUAUUAUCCGUUGAUUUGAUUGCUAAUUUUUUGAAAAAAUAACAAAAGUAAUGGACAAAAAGUAUAUAGUUGGUACUUUUUUUGUCUUUUUGAAGAGCCAUCUCAAAACUCUCGACGGAUACUCGUGUACAUAAUUCGAUUGCUAUAAAUAAAUAUAUAUAUAUAUAUAUUAUAUAAAUAUAUAUAUAUAUAUAAAUAUUAUAAAUAUUAUAAAUAAUAUACAUAAGCGCUGCAUUCUGGCAUAUACAUAUUAUAAAUACGGAAGGAUGGAUAAAAAAAACAUGCAUUAGGAAAAAAUUGCACUCUUGAAUACACACAUUUAUUAGAUAGUUAGCCUUUUUCUCAAUCUCUACCUUCUCUCUAUCUCUUUCCUAUCAUUGUCAUCGUAUUUUAUUUUUAUUAUUUUUUUCUCUAUUUGAGUUCUUAACCAGUAAUACUGUUAUAAUUAUUGCGGAAAAAAUAAUGCUCCAAUCAUGAAUUAAUUAAAGCGACGGAAAAAGCACUAUGAUAUUUAAAUGUCUAAAUGUCGUCGGGAGGAUGCGUGUGUGUGCGUGUUAUAUGGGGGCGGAUUAAUUUUUUUAUUUUUUUUUAUUUUCCAACGCGCAGGCUUGUACAGAAAGCGAAUGUAAGCACUUCCCCGGUGUCCUCUUUGGAAAAAUGAUGAAAACAAAGAAUUUUUGCCCAGCCGUGAGCCGUCGGCGGGUCUGAGUAUAAUUUUUUGUACUGUGUAAAUGUAAGAACAUACGUUUCAAUAAGAAAAAUGUUUAUAUUAUGAAAAAAACGAUGUUGCUUAUUCUCUGUUCGCUUAUCCCUCUUUCACGACUUUGUAGUAUGUAAGUGUAAAUAAAUUCGAUUUUCUGAUUUAUAAACGUUUCUUAAAAUUUCUUUAUUUAUCAAUUGAAAAUGUUCUACUUUAAUUAUUAAGAAUGUUCACAUUUUUUAUUUAAUAAGAAUAAAUCUCUUGCUAA